AUGUCUCACUCCAUUGCUUCUGAAGACUCUGGGAACGUGCCACAUAUUUCUGACACCCCCAUCGGACUUGUGCCUCAGACCUCAGGAAGCAGAUCUGUGGUUACUGCUUCCGACUUGGAAAACGCCAUGGAACCUAAUGGCCACGGCCUUGUGGGUAAUAGCUCCCCUGGACUUGCUCUCGAUUUCCCUCAGCCUGCUGCUCAUGCCCACGACAAUCAGAACAGGAUUGUCUUUGGUAAUUUGGCAGUCAAUAGCCAGCCUAUUAUCCCCCGGCCGUAUGAACUGCCCCCUGAUGUAUCUUUGACUGUAAACAACGAAGCUUCUCGCAACAUGCUCGCCCCCUUUCGUGGGCCUCCGAACGUGCCAGAUGGCGAGCAGAGCCGAAAUGCGCAUGUCUUGGUUCAGUGGCCAAGUGCCUCUCCAACCUCCCAUGCUACUGCACUGCCCGCCAUGAACGAGGACCCUUUGCAUUCGUACCCUCAUCAUAUGGCUCAUCAGCACCUGGCCUAUAUACAUAUGGUCCAUCAGCAUGCUGCAGCUCAAGAGCAGGCUUACCGGCAUGCAGUUCAACAACAAACGGCCCAGCUUCACAUGGCACAAAACCACGUCUCCCACCAGCAUCUAGCACUUGGUUUUACCUAUCCGAUGCCGAAUGUGCAACCUCAUGGCGCCAUGGGGCCACAGUUUCAGAUCGUUGCGCAGCCGCCGACCCUCGACCAGCUCGUCCCUCCGGGUCCCUCUCGAGUAGCCACCGGCGCCGUCAACCUUGAGCAAUCUACCACUCGACUCCGUUCUCCGUUUAAUGCACCGUCGGCCACAGCUGUUCACCAGCGGCGAAUUCGUGCCAUGACCAAUGGGCGGGGCGGACACACUCCUGGGCCACAUGCUGAUUUUCGCAGUGGGGUGAAUGCGCAGACACGCAACCAGCCGCCCAACGUGUCCCUCCCCACGGGAGCAGGAUCUGGUCCCUCCAACCCGAUACAGAAUGACGUCGCCGCCGCGACCCGGAGCAUGCUCAACGGACCUCACCAAGGCCUACCUAAUCACCUCGAAGAUCCCCGGGCGGCAGGGACACCUCCGAAUCUUGCCAAUACCAACCCACCGCGUCGCCCGGAAUCCCCUCAGGGCCUCGACCGUAUGGAGGGACGCCCCGAGUCGAAGGAGAACGAGGACCUGACCCUUAGCAUGGAGUGUAAAAUUUGCAUGACUCAAAUUGUGGACACGGCUUUAUUCCCAUGUGGCCAUGCGGCCUUUUGCCGUUGGUGUGCUGAGCAGUGCAUCCCUUCAUUUCCUCACGAUCCGACUCGCCCUAGAGAACCUUCCUCAUGCCCCUUGUGCCGUAGCGUUGUCCGCAUCUACCUGGGUUAG